AUGGCCAGGCCAGGGUUUCGGGGCCACCCUGCUGGACUUCUCCUGCUGCUGCUGCUGCUACCCCAGGCCCUGACAGAGGGACCCCUGGUCUUUGUGGCUGUGGUGUUCCGCCAUGGCGACCGGGCCCCGCUGGCCUCCUAUCCCACUGAUCCGCACAAGGAGGCUGUAUCUACCCUGUGGCCACGUGGCCUGGGCCAGCUGACCGGGGAAGGGGUCCGCCAGCAGCUGGAGCUGGGCCGCUUCCUGAGGAGUCGCUACGAGGAUUUUCUGAGCCCUGAGUACCGGCGGGAGGAGGUGUACAUUCGCAGCACAGACUUUGACCGGACCCUGGAGAGCGCUCAGGCCAACCUCGCGGGGCUUUUCCCUGAGGCCGCCCCAGGGCGCUCCAAGGCCACCUGGAGGCCGAUCCCUGUGCACACUGUGCCCGUCACUGAGGACAAGCUGCUGAGGUUCCCUACACGAAGCUGUCCUCGAUACCAGGAGCUGCUGAGGGAGGCCACGGAGGCCGCCGAGUACCAGACGGCCCUAGAGGGUUGGACGGACUUCUUGACUCACCUGGAGAACUUCACGGGGCUGUCGCUCGUCGGGGAGCCGCUCCGCAGGGCGUGGAAAGUUCUGGACACUCUUAUUUGCCAGCAAGCCCACGGUCCCCUCCCAUCCUGGGCCUCCCCGGAUGUCCUGCAGACACUAGCUCAGAUCUCGGCUUUGGAUAUUGGGGCACACGUGGGCCCACCCGGGGCAGCAGAGAAGGCCCAGCUGUCUGGGGGAAUCCUGCUGGAUGCCAUCCUUGCCAAUUUCUCUCGGGUGCAGCACUUGGGGCUGCCCCUCAAUAUGGUUAUGUAUUCGGCUCACGACAGCACUCUCCUGGCUCUCCAGGCGGCCCUGGGUCUCUAUGAUGGGCACACACCACCUUAUGCCGCCUGCCUCGGCUUUGAGUUCCGGAGGCGCCUUGGGGACCCGGAUGACGACGAGGGGCCUGGGUACCACCACCUCCUCUCUCCCUCCAGGAAUGUCACCAUCUCCUUCUACCGCAACGACUCUGCUGGCUUACCCUUGACCCUCAGCCUCCCCGGGUGCCCGGCGGCCUGCCCCUUAGGCCGCUUCCGCCAGCUGACUGCCCCCGCCCGGCCUCCGGCUCACGGGGUCCCCUGCCAUGGCUUGUACGAGCCCGCCACCCCCGCAGCCACCGUGGUGCCUCUGCUGGCUGGUGCUGUGGCUGUGCUGGCAGCCCUCAGCAUGGGGCUGGGCCUGCUGGCCUGCACAGCCGGCUGCCUGCGGGACUGGAGGUGCCCCGUGUGA